UCCUGGCCAGGCUUACUGCUGAUGAGUUCACGGGCGAAAUGAGUUGAUCGCACGCUACAUCAAACUCCGCACAGGCAAGACGCGGACCAGGAAGCAGGUGUCCAGUCACAUCCAGGUUCUGGCCCGGCGGAAGGCCAGAGAGAUCCAGGUGAAGCUGAAGGUACGCUACGACCAGGCUGCCAAAGACAAGGCCCUGCAGAGUAUGGCCACCAUGUCCUCAGCCCAGAUCAUCUCACCCACAGCCUUCCAGAAUAAGAUGACUCUACAGGGCCUCUCCAGGCCGGCUUAUCCCUCUGCUGGUGGGUUUUGGCACGGAGCUCUCCCAGGACAGCCAGGAGGCCAUGAAGACAUUAAGCCCUUCUCCCAGCAGACUUACGCCAUGCAAGCGUCCGGCCCGGCCCCCAUAACAGGGUAUGAGAGCACGGCGGGGCUGUCCAUGUCUCCUGGUGCCCCCCCUUGGCAGGGUAGAAGCAUUGCCAGCACCAAGCUCCGAAUGCUGGAGUUCUCCGCCUUUCUGGAGCAACCUCAGGACCCAGAGACUUUCAACAAGCACCUGUUUGUGCACAUUGGCCAGUCCAACCCGAGCUACAGCGACCCGUAUCUGGAGUCGGUGGACAUCAGGCAGAUCUACGACAAGUUCCCGGAGAAGAAAGGAGGCCUGAAGGAGCUGUUCGACAAAGGGCCGCACGCCGCUUUCUUUCUCGUCAAGUUCUGGGCCGACCUCAGUUUAAACCUGCAGGACGACAGCAACUUCUUCUACGGGGUUUCCAGCCAGUACGAGAGCUCCGAGAACAUGAUCAUCACCUCGUCCACUAAAGUCUGCUCCUUUGGAAAGCAGGUGGUGGAGAAGGUGGAGACCGAGUACGCACGCUUUGAGAACGGGCGCUACGUGUUCCGGAUCCACCGCUCGCCCCUCUGCGAAUACAUGAUCAACUUCAUUCACAAGCUUAAACACCUGCCGGAGAAGUACAUGAUGAACAGUGUGCUGGAGAACUUCACCAUUCUACAGGUGGUGACUAACAGGGACACGCUGGAGACGCUGCUGUGCGUGGCCUACGUCUUCGAGGUGUCCACCAGCGAGCACGGCGCGCAGCAUCACAUUUACCGGCUUGUCAAAGACUGACAGAGUCUCAACGGCCGGGACUUUACCUGCUCUAGACCCACGGUAGCACCCGAGCGAGCAACAGCACUAACCAAUGGACUAUUUCCUCCGUGAGCUUAAAGCUGAACCCGUACGACUCGGUGAGGAGCACCAAGAACACUACUACUGCUGAGGGAGAGGUGGAUUCAGGACCGCGGACGCUGAAACAGACUGAGGACCAUGAUGCACUGUGGCCUCUAUACUGUACCAAAGGAGCCAAACCCAGCCAACAAGACCUGCAUGAGAGAUUAGUCACCGGCGUCUUCAUCUCAUUUGACUAGUGCUUGUUUUUAUUUAGAUUCUUUUACACAUGUGCAUGGUUGCUACGGCGGCGUCUGGCUACCUCAGGGCGCCACCUUGUGACUUACAUAUGAAUUACAAUGGGGCAAAAGUAAUUUAAAGUAGAUUGAGAAUUUCUCCUUUGCACAUCCAUAAGUACCAUUUGUUUUUGGUGUCAGUCCUUCGUGUUAUUUGAGCACUUGAGUAAUCAUGUACGGUGCCACAUCCAUCUCCUCUGAGCCAGGUCAUGAAAACAAGAGGCUAACGAGAUUUUAAAGAGUUAUUGUAUCAUUUUGUUUGAUGUUUAAUGUUAUUUGUUUCUAGUAUUGUCUUACUGUUAUUGAUUGAAAUGAUCUGAUGACAACAAAAGGCACAUAACAACACUGCUAACUUGAACCAGAUUUGAAUCUGUGGGUUGAUUACGGAAAGUGUCUGUAACUGUUACUUGGCCUGAAGUAUCAGAUGGAAAUAUAAGUGUUUCUUACA